AUGCUAGAUAUCACCAUGCCUCACUCGACAACCCUCCAACAGCCAUUCAUCAUGGUCCCGACCCGCCAAUAUUAUCAAAGCCCGGAUACAUUCCUCUUGAGCAGCAUUGUCGACAUCAACAAGCUCCUGAAGACCGCUGUCUCGUCCGGCCUCAAAGCUGUCCCAGCUGUAGGUUCGCUGCUGGGGAGCGUCGUCAGCGCACUCUGGCCAGAGAAAAGCCAGCCCACCCUGCAGUGGGACAGAAUCGAGAAGGAUGUGCGCAGGGUCGUUGAGGGCCUUCUGGACAGGGACAAGGCCAACACUCUCCGGCAAAAGAUUGACUCCCUCCAUGACUUGAUCGACGGGUACAACAAAACCGCUUAUGGCGGACGACAGAAAGGCGAGAAGCUCACCUUCCUCCUUGGCUGGUUCACCGUCACCCGGCGCGAGUUCACCGAGAACGGCACACCUUGGCUGACGCUGCAAUAUUUUGUUCCUCUGGCCACGCUCCAUCUCACGCUACUCCGCGAACAACUGCUACGCUGGGACAAGCUUUACCCCGACGACACAAUGGAUGAGGUGCGGCUCCGCGGGGAACUCCAAGAUGCGAUCACCAUCUAUACCACCGCUGCCGAGCAGAUCCGCGACAAGUGCUUGAAGUGGCGUAUGGAUGAGCGUAUCAUCGUGACAGAAGAUGAAGCUUAUGACUGGUGUUUGGUUGGUCGUCAAUGGCGCAAGUUUGUUCGCGACCUCGAAACCCAGUUCUCCCAGACGAUCUCAUGGGGCCCUGAGAUCGGUCCAAGCAGAGGGUACCGUAUUGAAGAGGAGGUGAACAGAUACGUACAGGAUUUGCGCGACACGGCUGGUGCUGUCUACCGACAACAGAUUGAUGACAUCCUCGCGCCUUCACUUCAGUGGCCACAGUUUGAUAAGGUGGGCACGUAUGACCCAGUGAGGCGGGUCAUCAUGGCUGGCACAACGGGACCCAUGUGUGCCGGUAUCUCUUCCGGAAUGUGGCACUUCAACGACCGGGAGUUUGCAAGGGAGCAUGGGCCCAUCACCAAGGUAGUUGUCCAUGCCUGGGAUCGCGUUGAUGGCUUCGAGGUCUGGUAUGGCGGUGUCAGUAGCGGUCUCCGCGGCAGGCGCGGUGGCUCGCAGAGGGAGUUGGAAGUUGGAGACUCGGAGUCAAUUGUUUGCGUGACAGGUCACGCCGGGCAGUGGCUAGACUCGGUCAGUUUCUUUGUGAGUCCCAACAAGCAUAUCAACGGUGGGAACGGUACGGAUAAUUUCCGUAUAGGUUUCGCAGAGGAUUGCCCUUCAAACGAAACGGACACACUCCGCUUGGAUUAUGUCUAUGGCUGGUCCAACAGCGGGAGCGGUUUUAUCGAGGGUUUUGGCGCUGUCUUCUGCCGGGUGGAGAUCUUGUAA